AUGAGUUAUAUAUGUACUGAGAUUUACACUGAUCAAAGUGUGGAGUUUAUGUUCAACGAUGCUCAAAAUUCUUCUCGUUGUAUUGAAUUGUUUGUUGAGUAUUCACCUGUGAAAAGUUCAGAAAUCACACCAGCUGUUGAUUAUGGCGUUGUUGAUUGUGGUAUUGGAUCAUCGGCGAGGGUUGAACAUGUGAGCUCUGAUCGUGAUAUGAGUGUUGCAGAUGCUGUUAAUGUUGGUGUUGGAAUGAAUAACGACUUAGAUGUUGCAGAUACCCUUGAUGAUAAUACUCGCAUUGUACGAGAUAAUGAUGAACCAUUGUCGCCAGUAACAUCUAAGGCAGAUGCCGGUCUAAGUCACGAUUCUCCUGGUGAUGCUUCUGAUGAUGAGAUAGUAGUUUGUAAACCCGUUGUGCAAGGUGAACAACCACUUCCAAAAUACGUUCCCAAGGGGAUGAAAUUCUUUCGCACAUUAUCAAGUGGUCCUUCUGAGGUACCUGAUGAAGUUGGUAAUGAACACAACAACAUGUACUGGGAUGAGAGACAUCUAUAUCGGAUUGGUAUGAGAACAAAAUUUGACUCCAAGCUGUAUGUGAAGAUGGCUAUGACUAUGUGGAGUUUGUGGCAUCAAAGGCAGUUAAAGGUCGUUGAGAGCAAGUUAAGAAGGUGGCAUGCCGUAUGCAAAUUUCCAGCUGGAAAGACAGAAGAUGGGAUAGCUAUUGUCAGCGAGACCGACGCUGAAAAAGCGAAUGAAUGUUCGUGGGAAGUUUCUGUUACACAAAGGGCCCAUGAUGAUCUUUGGGAAAUUAGGAAGUGGGUGAGACAACAUACUUGUGAAGGUCAUCAUGUGAAUAGAGGACAUGCUAACUUUUCAUCAGCGAUGAUUGCUCUGUGCAUACGACAUCAAGUACAAGAAGAUGUUGCUUACAAGGCCUCGAACAUAAAAACCUAUAUUCAUGAAAGAUUCAAUGUGGUAAUCAGUUACAAGAAGGCAUGGUAUGCACGUAGAAAGGCUUUAGAGAUUGUCUUUGGUGGUUGGGAAGAAUCAUUCAGACAGUUACCAAACUACAUGCUUGAACUGUAG